AAAAAAAACAGGCUAUUGGCUGUGACUUGGCGGCCAAAGUACAGCCAGAAUGUUUCUGUCUCCAUUCAGAGCACUUGUUAGUCUGGCGGAUAGGAAGGAAAUGGCAAGCCUCACUUUCAGGAGCAGGAUGGAGCAGGUUCCGGCCAAGAAGGAAGGGAGGCUGACGCUUGUGCUUGGCCUGGCCACGCUGAUUGCUGCCUUUGGGUCAUCCUUCCAGUAUGGGUACAACGUGGCCGCCAUUAACUCCCCUGCCCAGUUCAUGAAAACGUUUUACAACAAGACCUACUAUGAGCGGAACAAUGGCUACAUGGACGAGUUUGCCUUGACGUUGCUGUGGUCUGUUUCGGUGUCCAUGUUUCCCUUCGGAGGCUUCGUCGGGUCCCUCAUGGUCGGCCCCCUGGUGAAUAACUUUGGCAGGAAAGGGACCUUGCUCUUCAACAACAUCUUUUCCAUAGUGCCCGCCGUCUUAAUGGGGUGCAGCAAGGUCGCCGGGUCUUUCGAGAUGAUCAUUUUGUCCAGACUUUUGGUGGGAAUAUGUGCAGGUCUGUCUUCCAAUGUUGUCCCCAUGUACCUGGGAGAGCUGGCCCCUAAAAACCUGAGGGGAGGCCUCGGGGUGGUGCCUCAGCUCUUCAUCACCAUCGGCAUCCUCGUGGCUCAGAUCUUCGGCCUUCGGAGCCUCCUCGCAAGCGAAGAAGGCUGGCCGAUCCUCCUCGGGGUGACCGGGGUCCCCGCGGCUCUCCAGCUCCUACUAUUACCCUUUUUCCCCGAGAGCCCCCGGUACCUGCUGAUUCAGAAGAAGGACGAGGUAGCUGCCCAAACCGCGCUGAAGAGGCUGCGUGGUUGGGACGACGUGGGCCCCGAGAUGGAGGAGAUCCGGCAGGAGGACGAGGCCGAGAGGGCCGUGGGCUUCGUCUCCGUGCUGAAGCUGUUCCGCACGAGGUCCCUGCGGUGGCAGGUCAUCUCCGUCAUCGUCCUCAUGGGCGGCCAGCAGCUGUCGGGGGUGAACGCGAUCUACUACUACGCGGACCAGAUCUACCUGAGCGCGGGGGUGAAGGAGAAUGACGUCCAGUACGUGACAGUGGGCACCGGGGCCGUCAACGUGCUGAUGACCAUCUGUGCCGUGUUCGUGGUGGAGCUCUUGGGGCGAAGGUUCCUGCUCCUUCUGGGUUUCUCCAUCUGCUUCACGGCCUGUUUCGUGCUGACGGCAGCCCUGGCCUUGCAGGACACAAUAUCCUGGAUGCCUUACGUCAGCAUCGCCUGCAUCAUCGCCUACGUCGUGGGACACGCCCUUGGGCCCAGCCCCGUCCCCGCGGUGCUCAUCACGGAGACCUUCCUGCAGUCCUCCCGGCCGGCCGCCUUCAUGGUGGGGGGCAGCGUGCACUGGCUCUCCAACUUCACGGUGGGCUUGAUCUUCCCGUUCGUCCAAGUGGGCCUCGGAGCCUACAGCUUCGUCAUUUUCGGCGUGAUCUGUCUUCUCACGACCAUCUACACCUUCCUGGUGGUCCCCGAGACCAAGGCCAAGACCUUCAUAGAGAUCAAUCAGAUUUUCACCAAGAUGAAUAAGGUGUCAGAGGCGCACCAGGAAAAAGAGGAACUGGAGGAAUUUCCACCCUCUACUCGGGGGCAGUAACUCGAGGGAAGGAGCCCGCUGAGCGGGUCUGCGCCGGCUUCCCUCCCGGGCUUUUGUCCUGCCCAAUAGCCGUGAACGUGCGGGACUAGGCGCCGUCCAGGGUGGAAUGCACCGGGGCUGUGCCGUCUGUCUCCAGAUGACCGCCGCCAACCCCGAGUCACGGGGAGCAGGCGCCCCUCGCCGCGCUGGGCUAGCCGUCAGGUCCUGAUAACGCCGGCUCUCACGACAAAAUUCAUUAGUGUGGUGGCGGGAUGGAAAGAAUCACAUCUGGCCAGAGAAACACCUCUUCUGAAAUCCAUGGGUCUUCUGGGGACCGGAGGCCUGCGUUCAGGGGAAUUCUUCCUUUUGCCCGAUCCGUCUCCAGAAACACCAGUCCCUAUGGAGCAGGUCCCUAUGGAGACUUCAAUGGAGUCGGAGCUUGUUAAUUCCGGAUUCUAUUGCUGAAGGUCAGUGAAUGGCAUUGCCUCUGAAUGCUCAAUAAAACACAUAUGAUCCUUUU